CUGGUCAGACGGAGGAGGAGCCGGGCCCGGAACUACCCCACAGUGUCCGGAACCUCCAAGCUGCAUCAGUCCCCCCGCAGGGUGGAAAACCAGAACAUCACCGGGUUAAGUGGCCUGCCGCAAACAACAAGGAGUGGCUUCACCUGGAUAUGGACUUAGACAAGAUCCUGGAGACUGUGAAGGGCGAUGUGGACCAUAAACUCCAGGCUAUGUGCACCUUGAUAACAUCAAUCGGUGCAGAGCGGUUUGGGGUGACAGAAAGGCCCGCGAGCAGGCAAACAUCGAGACCCAACCGACGUGAGCUUAAGAUCAGCCAUCUGAGACAAGAACUGAAGAUUUUGAAACGUCAGUUCAGGGCAGCAAACGAGGAGGAGAGAGGUGCCUUGUCCGAACUCAGGCAGAUCUUGAGGAGCAAGCUAAUCACACUUGGGCGAGCUGAAUGGCACAGGAGGAAGGGGAAGGAGAGGGCUAAGAAGCGCAAGGCAUUCAUCACCAACCCAUUCAGCUUCACUAAGCGUCUACUGGGGCAGAAGAACAGUGGCACCCUGAAGUGUUCGGUAGAGGAUAUUAACCACCACCUUAAAACCACCUUCAGCGAUCCUUUAAGGGAGCAAGAUCUAGGCCCAUGUGAGGCCCUGGUAAAGCCACCAGUGCCCGUGGUGCAGUUUAAUACCGCAGAGCCUACCCUGAAAGAGGUCAAAGACGCAGUGAUGGCUGCAAGAUCAAGCUCCUCUCCAGGCCCUAGUGGGGUCCCAUACAGAGUCUACAAGCAGUGUCCCAAGCUGCUUGUGCGACUCUGGAAGAUCUUAAAGGUGAUCUGGCGUAGGAAGAAGGUCGCCGCCCAGUGGCGGGCUGCAGAGGGAGUCUGGAUCCCAAAGGAAGAGGACGCGAGUAAAAUCGACCAAUUCCGCAUCAUCUCGCUGCUCUGCGUCGAAGGGAAGAUCUUCUUUAAGAUAGUGUCCCAACGGCUGACUGACUUCCUCUUGAAGAACGGUUAUAUUGACACCUCAGUGCAGAAGGGUGGAGUCCCUGGUGUUCCAGGAUGCCUAGAGCACACGGGUGUGGUCUCGCAGCUCAUCCGGGAGGCAAAGGCAAGCAGAGGGGAUUUGGCAACACUCUGGCUGGACCUAACGAACGCCUAUGGAUCCAUCCCCCACAAACUCGUGGAAACAGCGUUGACAAGACAUCAUGUGCCAGUAGCUAUCACUAACCUCAUCCUGGACUAUUAUAACAACUUCCAGUUGAGGGUAACAUCAGGAUCAUCAACAUCUGCCUGGCAACGCCUGGAGAAGGGUAUUAUUACAGGCUGCACCAUUUCAGUGCCACUCUUCUCCUUGGCUAUGAACAUGAUUGUGAAAUCUGCUGAGGUGGAGUGCAGAGGCCCUCUGUCAAAAUCUGGAACGCGGCAGCCCCCAAUAAGAGCAUUUAUGGACGAUCUCACAGUCACCACAACCUCUGUGCCCGGUUGUAGAUGGCUACUCCAGGGGCUUGAGCAGCUCAUCUCGUGGGCAAGGAUGAGCUUCAAGCCCGCCAAGUCCAGGUUUUUGGUCUUGAAGAAAGGCAAGGUGGUCGAUCGGUUUCGCUUUGCCAUAGGAGAGACAGCAAUUCCAUCAGUGACUGACAAACCUGUGAAGAGCCUGGGCAAGGUCGUUAACAGCUCCUUGAGGGACUCCGGUGCACUCCAGCAAACUAAGGCUGACCUGACUGCAUGGCUUGCAGCUAUAGACAAGUCGGGGCUGCCAGGGAAAUUCAAAACCUGGAUUUACCAACAUGGAGUCCUGCCAAGACUCCUUUGGCCGUUGCUUGUCUAUGAGGUGCCCAUAACAAUGGUGGAGACGUUGGAAAGAACCAUCAGCCAGUUUCUUCGCAGGUGGAUGGGGCUUCCCCGAUCCCUUAGCAGCAUCGCGUUGUAUGGCCAUUCCACAAUGCUGCAGCUUCCAAUCAGCGGCUUGUCAGAGGAGUUUAUGGUCACACGUUCCAGGGAGCUGAUGAUGUACAGGGACUCCGCUGACAAAAAAGUCGCCACCGCAGGAAUCCAAGUGAAAACGGGGAGGAAGUGGAAGGCCCACGAAGCCAUUGACAGAGCUGAGGCACGGCUGCAGCACAACAUCUUGGUGGGUAACACAGCAGUGGGUCGGGCUGGGCUUGGUAGCUUCUCUAAACCUCGCUACGAUAAAGCUGGAAGAAUGGAGAGACGUCAAAUGGUACAGGAUGAGAUCCGAGUAGAAGUGGAGGAAAAUCGGCGGAUCAAGAUGGUGGCUAUGUACCAACAAGGCGCCUGGACAAGGUGGGAACACGCCGAAAAGCGGAAAAUUACCUGGCCAGAGCUCUGGAGACUGGAGCCCCAGCACCUCAAGUUUCUCAUCCUAUCCGUGUAUGACGUUCUUCCAAGCCCAACCAAUUUGCAGCGCUGGGGUAUGGCAGACACCGCGGCAUGCCAGUUAUGUGAGAGGAGAGCCACGCUAGAGCAUAUCCUCAGUUGCUGCCCGAAGGCCUUGGGGGAAGGGCGUUAUCGCUGGCGACAUGACCAGGUCCUUAGGGCUCUGGCAGAUACGCUCAGCAUAGCAAUCUCCAACUGCAGAUACCAGCCCCCCCGAAAGAAGCUCAUUACCUUCGUCAGAGCUGGAGAGCAGGCACAACAUCAGCCAGGUUCCUUUGGAGGGCUUCUCACCACAGCACGAGACUGGGAACUCCAAGUCGACCUGGGGAAACAGCUUAAGUUCCCAGAGCACAUCUUGGCCACUGCACUCCGCCCAGACGUGGUGUUGACAUCGGAGUCAACAAAGCAAGUGGUCCUGGUGGAGCUGACUGUUCCCUGGGAAGACAGAGUUGAGGAGGCCAAUGAACGUAAGAGGGCCAAAUACUCUGAGUUAGUGGCUGAGUGUCGGAGCAAAGGCUGGAAAGCCCGAUGCGAACCAGUCGAGGUGGGGUGCAGGGGUUUUGCUGGCCAGUCUCUACCCCGCACCUUGAAGCUCCUUGGAGUUAAGGGUCAGCUGUGCAGAAAAGCCAUUAGGAACAUCAUAGAGGCUGCGGAGAAAGCCUCAAGAUGGCUAUGGAUCCGGAGGGGGGACCCUUGGAGUAGCAGGCCACUUGGACACAAGUUGGGGGCUGAUCACCCCCGGCUGGGUCGCCCGAGCGAGGGUGUUUGAUGAUCAAAG